AUGGCCGACUAUGUCAAUCCGCGAGCACAUGCCUGCCAGAACUGUGUUAAGGCAAAGGCUAAAUGCUAUGAUCAAACAAACGGACGCUGUGAGAGGUGUAAACGCCUCGACAAGCACUGCAUAAUGCAGGAUCGUAGCACACCACGACCAUCAAAGCCUUCCAAGUCAAGGCGAAAUGACCAAGCAAGGCAAAUUGCACAGCUGGAGCAGAAAGUCAACAGCCUAGUCUCACUUCUUGGUGCUUCUCAGCAAUCUCUGGAUAACGGGAUGUUAAAUGUUAUUACGCCUGAGUCCACUGGACCGACCUCCAGCGCGUCAGUUUCCAUGAGCGCUCCGCUCAACCCGAGACAAGCUAUUUCGCAAGAUUUGCCAACUACACAACAAUAUGAGCUUGAACCGACAUCGUUUGCGCCGCCAGAGGGCAGACCUAACAAGAGCCCCGACGAUUUGCUGGACAACUUCCGUCGCGAUAUGGCUCAUCAGGCGCCGUUUAUAUCAGUUCCCUUGCAGAUGUCGGCUCAGGCCCUCUCAAGAGAACGCCCCUUUCUUUAUCGCGCAAUUAUGACAGUAGCGUCGUAUCAUGACUCUGUGCAUCAAUUACAGAUGGGCCAGGAACUUGUAAAGUACAUGAUGGAGCAUCUUAUCGUACUGAGCGAGAAAAGCCUGGACCUCCUUCAAGGGCUUCUGGUCUAUAUCAACUGGUACAACAGCCUAUUUCAUGCCAAUUCGCAGACAAACACCUUACUUGGACUCGCAUUCUCUCUGCUUGUUGAUUUGAACUUGUACAUCCCAUUCAAGAGCAGCGAAAGCCACGAAAAAUUUGUUGGCGAAAUGAAAAUUACCGUCACUUGUAACCCGAAUUGGGCUCGGAGUUCAGAGCCAUCAAUGGAAGAAAGAAGAGCUGUUCUCGGAUGCUUCUAUCUCUUCUCAUGUGUAUCUUCUAAAUUUCGUAGUUUGAACCCACUACACUGGACAACCAAUAUCCAGCAAUGCUACGAGGAAAUAUUGAAAGCCCCAGAACACGAGAAUGAUAUACGACUAGUUCAUCUUAUAGAUUUGCAACGAAUUGCAGAGAAUACCAAAUAUAUCAUCAUCCGUGAAUUCCCAUCAUCGAAUGCGUCUGUUCCAAAUAGUUCCAUUGGUCUACACCUCAAAUUACUGGUGUCCGACUUAGAGAAGUUCAAAGUCACGCUACCUGAGAGAUUUCAACAAGAUUCGACGAUGCUGAUGCAUUAUCAUGCGGUUGAAAUACUUGUUUUCGAAUUGUGCUUCUUCAUGUCACCUACGGCUCCAGCUCAGGACCCGUCCCUCAAUAGAGCAGACGCCUUAUGGAUGUGUCUAACAGCAACUCGCGCACUUGUAAAUAUCUAUUUAUCACUAAAUUUGCAGCCCCACAUCAGCUUUUCCGCGAUAUCGUUGCAACAACUCUACCUCGCCCUGGCGACAUUGUCUAAGUUAGUAUUAUUCAAGGCCGACGACUGGGACGUGAAUUAUGCUCAACCAUCAGUGGACUUGUCUACUUUGUUAGAUAGUCUAGUUACCAGAACGGAAGAGCAUAGCUCACGGUACGAUUUGAUGGAGAACAACAAGCCCUGGCUACAGACUAGUCGGAGACUGAGGCAGGCGAGGACUCGAUUUGAUGACCUGUUGUCAAAUGAGGAUGUCUCUUCUGUCACUCUUUCCACCGCACAGCCAUCAAAUGGUUUAUUGGCAACAUCGUUUCAUGAUUUUCGUCUCGAUCAUUUUGGUUUAUUGGACGAUAGAUUUUGGGAAACCAUGCAAGAUGACUCGGCACCAUGCAAUUAA